CUCUUCUCUGAGACCAAAGUCCUCCUGGAGAAACAAAGGCCGUAGAGAAAUUACCCAUAGCACAAAUAUCCUGGAGAAGCUGGAGCCACGCAAGGAACAAAGAAAAGAGACAUUUAAGAGAAGAAAGAACAGGAUUCCAAAGAAUGGACACAUGGACACAGAGGACUCCAUUGAAGUAGAAGAACAGAGUGCAGCAUUCUGCCUGCAUGUAUGUCUACACAACAGAAGAAGGCACCAGAUCUCACAAUAGAUGGUUGUAAGCCACCAUGUGAUUGCUGGGAAUUGAACCUUUGGAAGAACAGACAGUGCUAUUAACCACUGAACCAUCUCUCUAGCCCUCAAAUGGGUCCUCUUGCAUGAACCUCUUAAGCGCUGAGAUUACAGACAUGCUGCUGCUCAAGAAACAGACGGAGGACAUCAGCAGUGUCUAUGAGAUCCGGGAGAAGCUGGGCUCGGGUGCCUUCUCUGAGGUGAUGCUGGCCCAGGAAAGGGGCUCUGCUCAUCUUGUGGCCCUCAAGUGCAUCCCCAAGAAAGCACUUCGGGGCAAGGAGGCCCUGGUGGAGAAUGAGAUCGCCGUACUUCGAAGGAUCAGCCACCCCAACAUUGUGGCUCUGGAGGACGUUCAUGAGAGCCCUUCCCACCUCUACUUGGCCAUGGAGCUGGUGACAGGUGGUGAGCUGUUUGACCGCAUCAUGGAACGUGGCUCCUACACAGAGAAGGAUGCCAGCCAUCUUGUAGGGCAGGUCCUCGGUGCUGUCUCCUACCUUCAUAGCCUGGGCAUUGUGCACCGGGACCUCAAGCCUGAGAACCUCCUCUAUGCCACACCCUUUGAGGAUUCCAAGAUCAUGGUCUCUGACUUUGGCCUGUCCAAAAUACAAGCUGGCAACAUGCUAGGCACAGCCUGUGGGACCCCAGGAUAUGUGGCCCCAGAGCUCCUGGAGCAGAAACCCUAUGGGAAGGCCGUAGAUGUGUGGGCCCUGGGUGUCAUCUCCUACAUCCUGCUAUGUGGGUACCCCCCCUUCUACGACGAGAGCGACCCUGAACUCUUCAGCCAGAUUCUGAGGGCCAGCUACGAGUUUGACUCUCCCUUUUGGGAUGACAUCUCUGAAUCAGCCAAAGACUUCAUCCGGCACCUUCUGGAGCGCGAUCCCCAGAAGAGGUUCACCUGCCAGCAGGCCUUACAGCAUCUUUGGAUCUCUGGGGAUGCAGCCUUAGACAAGGACAUCCUAGGUUCUGUCAGUGAGCAGAUCCAGAAGAAUUUUGCCAGGACCCACUGGAAGCGUGCUUUCAAUGCCACAUCAUUCCUGCGUCACAUCCGUAAGCUGGGGCAAAGCCCAGAUGGUGAGGAGGCCAAGCAGGGUAUGACCCGUCACAGCCACCCAGGCCUCGGGACUAGCCAGUCCCCCAAGUGGUGAUAACCAGGUGGAUGCCAAAGAAGGCUAAGUGGACUGACUCCAGCUUUUCUCUCCUCUGGCCCUUUUGGUCUCCUUCCCUGCCCCUUGUCCCCUGGGGUGGCCUCUGUUGGAAAGUCUGAGACUGUGGGUGUGGUGCAUGGCACUGGGGUAGGGGGUUUCCUCAGUAUGUCCCCCAGCCUCUACCCUUACCUAUGGUGGAAGCUCCCCUCCCCAUGUUGUUGCCACCUUCUGUAGAAACUGUGGAGGUGUUCACAAGUGAAUUUGGGGGCCAUCCUUCCUGCACCUUGCACGCCCACAUGCAUCGCAUGGCUGUUCUGUGCUUUCCUGACUGUGGGUGGUCCUGCUUGUGUCAUGGCUCUUCAGUUCCUCUUCCUCCCAACCAAUAAAGACAAACAGAACAAUG